UGGAACCAUUUGUCAAAGAGCGUGUGCGAAGGAGCAACGAAGUCUUCCUCAUCAUUUUCGUCCAAAAUCCUCUUCAUCUCCUUCCAUCUUUUGAUCCAGCUCUGUUAAUGGCAGACAUGUCGAAUAUCCAAGCUUUAUCUCUACAACCCAAUACGCCACAACACCAGGUACUCGAAGAAGAAGAAGAAGAUGAAACAAUUUCGUCAUCUCAACAAACCCUAGAUAAUUCCAUAACUAACUGUUCUAGUUUGGUUGAAGAAGAAGAAGAAGAAGACGACGACGAUGAUCUUGUGAACGUCGACGAAGGGGAUGUUCUUCCUUACACCUUCAAUUUCGAUCCGUUUUCACCUCUAAAUUCAUCGUUUUUCGUCCCUUCUCAUCAUCAUCAUCACAAUCCGCAGGUAAACUCGAAUUCGUGUUCUUGUUGUUCAUGUGAAUCUGGAUCUGAAUCAGAAUCAGAAUCCGAUUGUCCGGAUUCAACUGUUUACCCUGAUUGUUUAUACGGUCAUGAAGAAGAAUACGACCAAAUGGAUUUCAUUACCGAUUUGUUCGACUCUCGUGGAGAAAUCGAACAUGUUUCCGGAACCGAUGAAGGAAUUAGCGUUUCUGAAGCGAUUAACGAUCAUGAUGAUGAUUUUGUUUCGAGUAAUAUCGAGGAGCUAGGGUUAGGGUUUGAAGGUGGUGGUCUAAGAGUUGUAGGAAUCGAAUCUGAAUCCGACUCUGGUACAGACGAACCAGGUCAAGUUAAUGAUCAAAACGAUGAAAGAAUUCAAAUCACUGAUAUGAAUCAUGAACAUUUCUGGGAUUGUCCCACUUUCGAUACUGCUAGGGUUGAUGAUAGAGAUGGGUUGAGUUCAGUGAUCGAUAGGAUCGAAGAUAUAUCGGUUUCAUCUGACAUUUCAUCAGAAGGAGACUCUGCAGUUGGGGUUUUGGAAUGGGAGAUUCUUUUGGCUGUUAACAACUUAGAAAGAGAUCUUGAAUUCGAAACUAAUGGAGACGAAGGGUUUGUAUACACAGCUGAAUUCGAUACUUUAAUCGGUCAAUUUGUGGAAACCGUUAGAGCUUUAAGAGGUAGCCCACCGGCUGCUAAAUCCAUAAUCGAUAAUCUUCCAUCGGUCGUAUUGAAAACGAACAAUUCGAAAGACGGUGAUCAUGAUCCUGUUCAUAAUCAAGAUCAUGAUCAUGUAAUCUGUGCAGUUUGUAAAGAUGAGAUUUCGAUGGAGGAGAAAGUGACACAGCUUCCAUGCCGACACCAUUACCAUGGUGACUGCAUCGUGCCAUGGUUGAGUAUUCGUAACACGUGUCCUGUUUGUCGGUUUGAGUUGCCGACGGAUGAUGUUGAUUACGAGAGAAGCAAGAACAGGGUGAACGACAACGAGUUGGUAGUCGGGUAUGGUUCUGAACUUUCACCUUGACAUUAUAAUACUUCAUAUGAUAUCUGUAAAUAGUUUGAUGUUAAGUUUGUUGCAUUCUUUUUUUAAGGUUGUGGAAUGUGGAGUUUCCUUUUUCAACAUUGUGUUAAAUGUUUAUGUUGUUAAUGAAAAUAAACCAAAGUUCCUGC